AGGAACCGGACCAUCAACGUCAUUCUCGGACUCAUGACCAGCCUGAGCAGCGGCAGCGAGACCUUUGCGCUGGGCCGCCACGCCGCCAUCGUCGUCGCGACCGAGGACGCGCUCGAGAUAGCGAUGGCCAAGAAGCCGGUCCUUCGCCUGCUCUGGGCGGACGUCCUCGGCGCGAGCACGGGCCACGACACGAUCGGCGCGACCUGCAGCCUGCCCUUGCUCAUCCACGUCGUCGAAAAGACAAAGAGCGGCAAGCGCAAGCUGCGCGACGUGGUCUUGACGUCGUGCGGCGAGGCCAGCAAUGGCAUUCACCAGCUCGAAGUCGACAAGUGGGUGCGCAUCAUCCAGUACUUUGCCAACCCGUGCCGGCCGCUGGUUGGAUUGCCCACGCUCGACGCCAUCAUGCAGCACCCGCCCAAGCAGCGCACGUUUCUUGUGCUCAUCAACCCCGUCGGCGGCACGGGCAAGGGCGAACACAUCUACGGCAAGGUCGAAACCAUCCUGGGCCUCGCCAACAUUCGCGUCGAGAAGAUCGUGACCGACCGGCCGAAACACGCGACCGACGUGGCACGCACGCUCGACGUAUCGAGCUUUGACUGCCUCGUUGUCGUGGGCGGUGACGGCUUUGUGUACGAAGUCGUCCAAGGCUUGAUGCAACGGCAGGACUGGGCCACUGCGAUCCAGCUGCCGCUCGCCAUCUUGCCCGCAGGGACCGGCAACGGCUUGGCCAAAUCGAUUUGUGAUGGCGCCAACGAGCUAUGCACGCCGGAAAGCGCCAUGUACCUUGCGGCGAAAGGCCGCCCGCUGCCCCUCGACGUGGCCACCUUGCGCAAUGCGACGACCACGAGCUAUCUUUUGCUUUCGCUCACGUGGGGCUUCAUGGCCGAAAUUGACCAUGACAGUGAGAAGUACCGCUUCUUUGGGGCCCAGCGGUUCGUCGUCGGCACGAUCGUCAAGCUGAUUGCGCCCAAGAGCUGGCACGGCACGCUUUCGUACCUUCCGAGCAGCGACGAGGACGAGCCGCCGUACGCCGACACGAGCGUGACACCGACGCUCUUGCCCGCUGUGGGCGACCCCGUGUCCUCAAAUUGGACGCGUCUCGAAGGCGACAUGAGCCUCUUCUGGGCCAUGAACGUGUCGCACGCGGCCAACGACGCCAAGAUCGCGCCCAGCGCGCGCCUCGACGACGGCUACUUGCACAUUGUGCUCAUGCAAGGCAAGGCGUCACGCACCGAGUACGCGAGCAUGAUGCUCGGCAUUGAGAAGGGCCAGCACGUACACCAACCAACGGUCCAAGUGAUCAAGACACGGGCCUUUCAGCUCGAGACGCCACCAGAGAACCUUCUCAUGGCCGACGGCGAGCGCUGCGAUGGCGGCCUUUGGCAGGUGCAAGUGCACCGUGGGCUGGCCCGUGUCAUGGGACUGCCCGCGCCAAACGAGUACAAGUAAGAUGGUAUCGUACGUUUUUAAAAUGGCAAACAUGGUCUGUGAAGAAUUGUG